AUGCUUAAACGAAAGCCACAAGACCUUCAGGUCCCAGUGCCAAACUUCCCAUUAUCAUCGCCGAUCAGCGAAGAGAUCUCAAGUCCAUCAUGCUCCUCGGAAGACCAGGAAGAACGAGACCGACCUUUUGCAUUUCUAUCCAAGGCAACACGACAAAGGCUCGAGGCGAAGACCGCCAAAGAUGGGGAUCGCUCGUCCAUUUCUGCCCAUCGCGAUGCCUCGAGACUAAACGUCCGCAUCACCAAGAAACGUAGAAGUGUUGCGAAACCAGUCGGUCUGAACCUUGUUACGGAUUUCACGCUGGUGCCGGCGCCGACGCCGAGGAAACAAUCGAGUCCAGUACAUGCGGCUGCACCGUUCGUCGAUCUGAAUGACCUCAAGCUCCUCUCGAAAGUGCGAGAGAAGGAGCGCUCAGCUCAGAAAUCAAAGAAUACCCUCGCGAAGAGGGUUUCGCGGGGCUUCCAACGGUUACCUGAAAGGACCCAGAGUCAGAAGAGCGGCCAGAAUGGAACUGGAAUCUCGUUUCUUACCCCCAGAGAUGAAGAUCCAUUCCACGAUAGACUUGAGCUUGGAAUCUCACCCUCGGACCGCCAUGUCAUGAUCGGACUCACUGUGCCUCGCAACGAGUCGGUGGAAAGAUUACAAGAGCUCGACAGCGCAGGCACGCCGCUCACACCAUCGAUUAUUGUCACACCUGCACCAUGGAACGCACCAUCGAACUCGAGCACCGAAAUGCUGCGCCCAAGGGCAACAUCAAGUAUCUACUCACAACCAACACCCCGCCUCUGGCAAUAUGAAAGAGAUGUGCCACCCGUCCCCGCCAUUCCCGCACAGCACUCAGUUGCUACCAAAACUCCCGGCUCAGAGAACAAAUACCAGAACACACUAGGCGCAGAGAGGAACGCGCGCGCCCUCUCAACGGCCUCAAUAUGGGAGGACGACAGUCCACCCCGGACACCGGAGACAGUACACCCAAGGCCCAAGGUCCAGCAACAGGGUCAUCUCAGCGUCAACACCCAAGCAGAGGCAGACAGACCCGAGUCCCAAGGCUGGUGGACAUACCUCCUCUCCCCUCUCAUGGGCAAGUCCAUAAAAUCCCCACUCAGUCCAUCCUUUCCACAGGAUUCACCAUCCACCCCAUCUCCAACUACAGUCACAACCCGCGCCCAGCCAAAAGAAUGGAUCCAGCGCGAGAAAGAGAUCUCCUGCUUCUCGCCAGAUACACCCGAGACAGCAGCACCGAUUGGGGAGAAGACAUUUGAAAUAUCCCGAUCAUUCGAACACGACCAAUACCAGCAAGGUCCCGAACGCCAUCAAUCCCCGCCACCCGCUUACGUCUCAAACGUCUCCAGUAGACAAAACACCAUGUCCUUUAUGUUCAGCAACAACCAAACAAUCCAAGGCAAAGCAGCCGAGUACUACCAAGCCUGCGCGCACGAGCUAUUCAGCAAGUCUCCAUAUUUCGAAUGCAUCAACCAUGUCUGCUCGAUAACGCCUGCCCAUCCUGUCGUGGUGCCAGCAGGAGCCAUAAAUAGGACUACAGAUAACAAUCGGGGACUUGCGCUUGUUGCGCUUGAAGGGCCUGGACAAUCUGGUCUUGAAGGGACGCGCGAAAACCAGACUCCAGACCCGUCCACAACGUCGACUAAGGAUGCGGGACUACUUAUUGAUAUCGAUUCGCCUCGUCCUGAGACAACGGCGGAGACGAUUCCGUCUGGGUAUGUUGUUCGUGCGAAGGAGGUGAAGGUGUUAUCGCCAUCGUCGGAGUUUACUUCUCAUACAUGGGAUUCGUCUGUCGUUGAUGAGGAUGAGAAGGGUUCGGUGGCGCAUGGUGCUAGGAGUGGCAUUUCUGAAUCCCGCUCUCGGCGUGCUGCUUCGCCUCCCGUUCCUGUUCCUGUUCCUGUUGUUGCGCCACCCGCGGAGGUGGUUGAUAGGCAGGCUUGGGAACCGUCUGCGUUUGCUUCUGCCCCUGCGCCUCCGCCAGCUCCUGUUCCUAUGCCCGAGCCAACCCCCGCUCCUGCUCCUGCUCCUGCUCCUGCUCCACAGAUAAUCACUAAUAUCUCACCCCCGGUUACUAAUUUUCAUUACACUGCGCCUGCACCGCAGCCUCAGGUACAGCCCGUGCAGCCGACAGUGCAAUAUGUGCCGGUCUUCGCCCCCCAAGCGGUACAGCCACAGCCAAUGGAGCCGAUAAUGCAACAGCCACAACAGCAGGAGCCAUGGCGAGGAAUCCCGGAUUCGCCGAUGGUUCAGCCAGCCCCUCAAGUAGUAACGCCGAGGACAGAAUGGCCAUGGGGACAACGAGAACGACCGCAAGAGCAACCGCAGGUUCAACAGCCAGCUACUCAAGGACACACAUCUGGGUUUGAAUGGGCGUACGUUCAACAAGGAAAAACCCAAGAACUUCCUAUUACACAAGAAUCACCUCAGGGAUCGCAGGUGGUAUAUGGACAAGGUCCUCCCCAGGCACGACAGGCAACCUAUGGUCAUGCAGGCAAGCCUCAAGGGCCGCCUGUUAUCCAGGGACGGCAAUCUGGUUCUGGUUGGCCAUUUGGUCUAAGCGCACACCCUCACUCUAAUGCACCGCCCGCGCCGCCUCUGCCACAAAAUCAGUCCACUGGAUCGGAUGUUCGGAAUCAGCAAGAGCAACCUCAAGCAUCCAUGGCUCAGGAUCGGCAGCAUGGAUCUGAAGAACGGCAGACAGAACAGGGACUGCCUCAGGGAUCUGCACUUACCCCUCCUCAGGGGCAUUUGCAACCCUCUGAGCCUAUCUCUCCUGGCUUCCAGCGCGCUGUUGGUGGACCCGGCUCCAUCCCGAUGUCGAAUAUGCAGGCACCAGCUCCUACAUACACGCAAAUUCCUCGGGAUCCUGCUCUUCCGCCUCGUUAUGAUACCCAGCCACGUUACAAUCGCGAUCGUACAGCGGGAAUUUCGAGCGUCAACCCAAGCGGCGCGAUAGGACCUCAUGAGACCCGACGCCGCAGACUUGAAAAGGAAGAAGCCACUGGCCGAAGGGUGUGCAAUCUCUGGCGUGGCCGGGGUCCAUUCAGCAAGAAGAGCGGACGUCCAGGACGUGAGGGUCGUAUUCGUCGGAGAUGGUAUUUUGUGAUUUGCAUUUUCUUCUUCAUUAUCGUCGCCCUAGCCACUAUUCUAGCGAUUAUACUGACAAGGAAAGGAGACGCGACUCCUGUUCAAUCGCGAUGGCUGAAUCUUACAGGCUAUCCGCCUAUGCCGACUGGAAUUGCAACACUCGCUGGAACGGAGCCACAGCUUGAAAAGUCGGCUUGUAUCACUCCUUCUUCGAUGUGGAGUUGUGCUUUGCCCAAGGAGCAGCAGGAUACCAAUGAGCCGUACAAUGCAAACCAGCCCAACUUCCGUGUUUCUAUCAGCUUCCGAAAUGGAACAUAUGAUAACAGCACUACCGUUGGCUCAAAGCUACGUAUCAGGGGCGAUGACCUUUUCAACCCAUCGCCCGAAGCCCCGAGAGACACAGAGCAGAGCUUUAUUGGGCAAUACACAGACAACAACAGCGUACCGUACGCGGGCGAAUCAACACCCUUCUACAUGUCCGUCCUCUCAACUGUCUCCCUCUCAUCGGCAAGUAUCUAUCGCCGCUCAGAUGCCUCCAACGGCACCGCAUACCCGAACAUCUCAGCAAUUAUCCCCCCGCCAGAUGAAAAUGCAGACGGGACCCCAGCUGCAGCAAUGCUCUACCCCCUCCCCUCAUCCCAACCAAUCCGCCUCUACAACCGUGGUCUUCCAACUGAGCACUACGGUUUCUACAGCUACUUCGACAAAUCCAUCUUCCUAAGCUCACAAACCCAAUCCACCACUGCCGAUACAAACGGCGGAAUCUCAAAAUCCAAGGCGCACUACCGAUGCACAUGGUCCCAAACCCGCCUCCUCGUCCAAAUCUGGACCCAACCCGAUAAAAUCGGCCGUCAGCUCCUUCCACAAUCCAAAGACACAGCAACAAACACCUCCUCAUCUGCAACACCAACAUCAACAAACAACCCACCUACAUCUUCAUCCUCCGCAACAGACUUCUCUCGCCCAGGCUCAUUCCCAUACCCGGUAACAAUAACAGUGGACCGGCACGGCGGCGCCGAGAAAAAGAAAAUGGUCUACUGCUACCCGCUCGAAGACGACGGUCAUUACAAUAUCACGGCUGUGCAGUUGCAGCUUGAGGACCGCGCUGUUGGCGGUGAGCUUGUUAAUCCUGCUUCAGGGCUCUUUAAGGGAAUUGGUGGGACGAAGAAUUCUACGAUCGAAGAGGCGGGGGGUGUUGAUGGUGGUUCUGGUGGGUGUGGGUGUCAGUGGGUGAAUUGGAUUUCGAGUGUGUAG